UCCUCCUCCCGCGCCGCCAAGUCCGCCGCCCAACUGCAGGACUGCGGCCUCUGGAGAGAUUCGGCGCUAGCCUGCCAGCAGACAGCAAAGUGGGCGGAUAGGUGGGCCCCGCGUGAUCUUUUCGGGGAGAAAGGAGGGGGCCCCUUUUCCGGCCCCCAAAAUCUCCCCAGCCCCUGCAGCCUGCCAGGCCGGCGAGGGAGAACCUGAGGAGCCGCAGACGCUCUACCCGGUGCUGCCGCCGCCAUGGCUGCCAUGAUGGGUCGGAAGUGAGCCCCAGGGCGACGGCUGCCGGCGCCGGCGCUUGGAGUGCCCGCUCCCCGGCCGCCUUCGCCCGGGGAGUCGCGGCGCACCGAUUACUGACUCUCACGGCUUCGCGCCCCCAGGCUCUCAGCGCCGGUCCCCUUCUUCCGAGACUGAGAGGCGGGGAGUGGUUCCCGGCUGCCGGCCCCGGCCGCGAGGAAGAUGGCGGACCCGGCCGAGUGCAACAUCAAAGUGAUGUGUCGCUUCAGACCUCUCAACGAGUCCGAAGUGAACCGCGGCGAUAAGUACAUCGCCAAGUUUCAGGGAGAAGACACGGUCAUGAUAGCGUCCAAGCCUUACGCAUUUGAUCGGGUGUUCCAGUCAAGCACAUCUCAAGAGCAAGUGUAUAAUGACUGUGCAAAGAAGAUUGUUAAAGAUGUACUUGAGGGCUACAAUGGGACAAUAUUUGCAUAUGGACAAACAUCAUCUGGGAAGACACAUACAAUGGAGGGUAAACUUCAUGAUCCAGAAGCAUGGGAUUAUUAGAAUAGUCAAGAUAUUUUUAAUUAUAUUUACUCCAUGGAUGAAAAUUUGGAAUUCACAUUAAGGU